CGCUGUGGGACCAUUCGACUCUGUUCUAUAGGGUUACUUUGAGUUGGAAUCAACUUGAAUGGCAACAGGUUUGGUUUUUGUUUUGUUUUGUUUUCCCAGCCUGUACCUUCUCUCUGUUCUUGCAGGAAAUUGCUGGGAGACCGUGGGUCCCUUAGCACCACCCUGACAGGCCACACACACCUCCUCCCCUCCCCUCUAGCUUCUACUCCUGCCACCCCCGGUAUUAGAAAAUGACCUUGUUGCCAUUGACUCUAGCCACCAUACUUAUAAGCCCCUGCCCUUCUGCUUCCUCAGGUCCCUGACCAAGGCUUCCUCCCCAGCCCGUUUUGGAAGCUAGCCCCUCCUGCUUCCUUAGAGACUCCAUCAGUGUAGACAGUCAGCUUGGUGGUUAAGACUCUGGACUUGGGUUGAAUCCUGGCUCUUUCACAAGUUGUGUGAUCAUGGCAAGUUACUUAAUCUGCAUGUGUUUUCAUUUCCCCAUGUUUAAAAUGAAGAUAAAAAGGGAACCUAUCUCAUAGAAUUGUUGUGAAGGAAAAAAAGGACCGAAUAUAUGUAACGCAUUUAAAACAUGAUCUACACAAAUUUUAGGGUUAUUAGCCCAUCUCUCCUGUCUCUUCAGCUGCCUCCUUCCAUUAUACAAACAAAACCAAACCCCACUUCCUCCACCCCAGACUUCCUCUAGCUGUGACUCUCUCCUCUCUGACCCUCAGUCUGUGGUCAUUCUUUAUUAAUAUCCUAGAGUGAGGAGGAAGUCUCAUUUAAAACUCUGUAACUAUUCCAUUACACAGACCAAGAAACAGACUUGAAACCAAAUUUAAGAAAUGUCCCAAGGGUCACACAGGUAAUAAAUGACAGAACCAGGAUUUGAGCACUUGAUCUGAAUGCCUCUGAAGCCAGAAUUUUACCAGUACCUCUACAUCAAGAAUGCUGGAGUAGAAGUGGGACAGGAGGCAGGGAAGGAUGAAUGAAGAUGGGGUUACAGCCCUAGAACCGGGGGGAUGACUCCUUUGUUGGGCCAUGGUGCCACCUGCUGUCAGUACUGAGCACUUGACAACAUUUAAUUGCACAACAAUCCUACAAGGAGGGCCUAUCAUCGCCCCUACUUUAUACAUCAGGAAACUGAGGGGCUGUGAGGUGCAAUCACACAGAGGCAGGCAGGGGUUCAAAUUCAGGACAGCAACCUGGAACACGGACAGAGACAGAGGUAAUAGACUGGAGAGAGGGAAAAAGAGAGAAGGGUGGGGAGGGAGAAGGGAGAGGAGGAAAGAUGAAGGGAGGUUAAAGAUGGGGAACUUGGGGUUUUGUGGAGGGAUAAGGUCUGAGAGGUGUUUGCUACUCAGGAGAGGGAGCAGAGGCUGCCAAACCUUCGUUUUUCCUUGAGAGUGAGUAUAUAUGUGUGUGCGUGUGUGAGAAAGAGUGAGAAACUUGUUCUGUUGUUUCUUUGUGGCUGGGAGUCAGUCCUCAAAGAGUUCAGUGUGUGUGUGUGUGUUUGUAUGCUCACGAGCACUGCUGUUGUUAGGUGCCAUUGAGGUGGUUCACGAGCACUAGUAGGUGUGUAAGUAUGUAUCUUUGUGUUUGAUAUGUGAAUAUAUGGAUGGCAGCUUGGGCAGAUGUGUGCCUGUGAGCACACGGAAUAUGUAUGAAUGUAUUAGCAGAUGUAGGGUAAGAAGCAUGGAGGGCACACAGAAGCUCUGGGGACACUUGUGCCAUCCCCAGACCUCCCCCAUUCCAAAGACCCAUGGUUGGUGUUGCCAGGCGGAGACCAGCUGCUGCAGUGCUAUGGGGACAAAUCUCCAGGCAGCAGGGGGCAGCAGGGGCAAGAGGAGGCGGACCCUGGCUUCGGGUGGGGCAGGUGGGCGGGUAAAGGGAGGCCUUUAAAGCGCCUGCCCCGCCUGCAGGUGAGCAGUGGUGUGUGAGAGCCAGCCCCAUCCCUCUCUGCUCUCUCGGUGGUAGCUCAUUGGAGCUGUUUGUCCCCUCUGGAACCUCAGCUGAUCCCUCCUCCGGAACUUGAGCUCCCAAGAUCCCUGAACAGGUGAUGGCCUAGGAUAGGGAUUAUCUUAUGAAGAGAAAUCAACCUGCAAAUAGAUUUGGGGAGCUGGAAGGGCCACAGGGAGAGUUCUAGAAGGGUCUGGGGUUGGUCUGGAGAGGGGCCCAGGGUAUACAGGUACCAGGGAGGGACAUAAACAGACUUGGGGUCAGGCUUGGGGUGCCUGUGAAGGAACCUGGGAUCUUAGGAUCUCAGAGUAUCAGGUGCUGGCAGAGGACCUGGCUAGUAUAGAGGGGUACGGGUGUCAUGAUGAGGGUGUUGGGGGAAGUCCUGAGGUGUCAGAGUCCAGGUGUAGGAAGCUUGGUGAGAUAUGGGUACAGGAUGCUGGAGUCUGGCAUGUUAGGAUACGUAUGCCAGGAACAGCCAAGGCUGUGGAAAGUGGGAAGCAAGGCCCCGACUCACACACAUCUGCCUCCUAGGAGCCACCAUGCAGUGCUUCAGCUUCCUUAAGACCAUGAUGUUCCUCUUCAAUUUGCUCAUCUUUCUGUGUGGUGUGGCCCUGCUGGCUGUUGGCAUCUGGGUAUCGGUUGAUGGGCCAUCCUUCCUGAAGAUCUUCGGGUCGACGUCGUCCACUGCCAUGCAGUUUGUCAACGUGGGCUACUUCCUCAUCGCAGCUGGCGCUGUGCUCCUUGUUCUUGGUUUCCUGGGUUGCUACGGUGCUCACAGAGAGAGCAAGUGCGCCCUCACGAUGUUCUUCUCCAUCCUCCUCAUCAUCUUCAUUGCUGAGGUUGCAGCUGCUGUGGUCGCCUUGGUAUACACCACAAUGGCUGAGAACUUCCUGACGUUGCUAGUAGUGCCCGCCAUCAAGAAAGACUAUGGUAGCCAGGACGACUUCUCUCAAGUGUGGAACAUCACCAUGAAAGGGCUCAACUGUUGUGGCUUCAACAAUUACACAGAUUUUGUGGACUCUCCCUUCUACACGGCAGGAAAUACCUUGCCACCAUACUGUUGCAAGAACAGCACCAGCAAUGAGCCCUGUAAAGUGACAGUGGCUGAGAAAGAUUCUGUGCAGGGUUGCUUCAAGCAGCUUCUUUAUGAAAUCAGAACCCAUGCAGUCACUGUGGGUGGUGUGGCAGCCGGAAUUGCGGUCCUGGAGCUGGCUGCCAUGAUUGUGUCCCUGUAUCUGUACUGCAAUCUGAAAUAA